AUGGCGGGCUUCGCUCCAGGACUGGCUCCAAUAGCUGCACGCCCUCCUACACCACCUAAGGAGAACACUGCCAAAGCCUCGCCCACUCAUGGCUUCGGGACCACUUCAACGGGGUAUGUUCUUCUUGACACGCCCGAUGAAUCACCUACUUCCUCCGCAGAAUACUUCAAAGACUCCACAGGGAAAGCCCAGAAGAAAGUAGGAUUUACACUGUUAGGCACGCAAUAUCACAGAUUUUCUGUUGACGGUCCGGAGUCCGACUCAGACGGUCAGAUACGACAACUCCCACGGUCCAAGGACUGCAAAUCUUCCAAAUCAAUUCUGAAAGCCUGCACGGACAACGCCGGAGACCCUUCGAGCAAUGAACCGCUCGCUUUCGACAAUACCAACCUCCCAGCCAUGCUUCGCUCUACCACCCAGCACUUGGCGUCUGCCUCACAUUCCUCUCGACUUGAUGCCUAUUCAACUCUACUGGCGUGUUUGAGUGUCUACGAUGAGGUUCCAGAGGAACAAGAAUUGGCUGAAAAGGUGGCUGAAAUCACUGGAUACAUCCGGCGGGAUGUCACGGCCAAGAACGAAGAAGAUGGAAGUCUGGAUCUACAACUCACCUAUCCAGCUCUCAAGUUGAUUAUCAUCUUCCUCUGCACACCCAGUAUGGCAGCCAUGUUUCCCGAGGACUUCUGCUCGUUCAUCCUGGACCGAUCAAUCUCGAGCCUUGAGGACGAAGCGUCCCCGAAGACACUAGUCUCUCACUACAUGCAUUUGCUCGAGAAGCAGAAGUUUGCAUCCAAGUAUAUGACCAUCGACCGAGUUAAUAGGCUUAUUUCGGCUCUGGACGUUGUGAAUGCUCGGGUAAAGGGCAAUCGUAUUCUUGGACAUCGACUGAUGAUCUACCAACGAUUGCUUGGCCAGGUCAAACCAUUGAUGAUUUCCCGCGUAGGAAGUUGGAUCAACCACCUUGUCUCUGGUCUUCUGAGCACAAUCAAGGAUAUUCGUGCUCGAGCAAUCGCAUUUGGCGUGGACGCCGGUCUGCAGCUUGGAACAACAAGUGCAGUGUCACAAGCCUGCCUCGAGGUACUCAACAGGGCAUCUGCAGAUGGCAGGAAAGUGGUGGACUUCCUAUCCUCCCGUCUCAUCGAAAUGGCGAAUGCGAAGGAAGACGGGAUCCAUGUACCCCAGAUCUGGAGCGUUGUGAUUCUGUUUCUUCGCAGUCGCCGGCGCCAGCUCGAAAGUUGGGAACAUCUCAAAGCUUGGCUGGUAGUCAUACAACGGUGUUUCAAUUCUAGCGAUGGACAGACCAAGCUACAGGCUAAUAGUGCUUGGAAUCGCCUCAUCUUUGCCACCAGUCUGGACACAUCGACCUCAACUUCUAUGGCUAAGAUGCUCCGGCAACCCAUUGUCUCUCAAUUGGAGCGAAAAUCCAGCGACAAGAACUCCAAGCAGGCAAAGCAAGUCGCUCGCUCAUCCUACUGCACGCUUUUAUACUAUGCUUUACGACCGACCGCAACACAUGCUCAGCUGGAUCAAUACUGGGAUCUUUACGUCUCUCAAAUCCUGCCAAGCUGCUUCAUCGCCAGCAAAAACGAUAUUAAUCACGCUUGCGAUGUACUGUCCUCACUUUGCUCAGGGAACGGGAAGCCAAAGAUAUGGGACGAGAACAGGGCAAAUUAUGGACACAUCAACCCGGAAGAUCUACCAUGUCUCGAUCCAAAAUGGAUCCGGCUGAGGACGGCCAGAGUAUUGCAGGUCUUUGACAGAUUGUUCGAUCAUGCUGACUGGCAACUGUCCCAGGAUGGAGACGCACCUAUAAUACUAGCUUGGCGGAGUUUCACCUUUGCCUUGGGUGAUGCCGGUAGGAAGGAAGUCAAAGUAUCAAUGGAUGCUAUGAAUGCUGUUGCACAAAUUGUCAACGAAAUCAAGCUUCUAUUGGAGCGAAGCAACUCCAAGCUCGCUAGGGAGCGAAAUACUCUACCAAUAGACAUCGCAAGCAAAGCAGACCAGUCCGAGACAUUUGAGAAGAUCAAGAUACUCAUUAACGAAGCAGUAGCUAAGAUUGGAAGUAUACCUUUCUUGGAGCGGCGUUUGGUCCGAACCUCGCAGGAUUCCUAUGAAGCAGCUGAAACUCCUUCGAGCCGCUCCAGUAGAGAUUCUGGUUCUCUCAAUUCACCGGUAACGCACCUCUUGAACUUACUGCUCAGAAAUGUGCAACAUGUGCCUAUUGCAACAAGCUACAUUGACACUCUCAAAGCCGUACUAAAUAUCUCACUACAAGCAGCAGCGUCUAGAGGGACACAGCUUGGCAUACUUCGCAGCUUUGGUCGUCUGAUAACACUAGACGGGGUUCAUCAGAAGGAAGCCGACGUCACGUUCUGGAGGCUUCUUGCAGAAGGCACCUCCUUGGCGCUGAAGCAGCCUCAGCAGAACGAACUCCACAAUAACAGCCCUCAAUAUCCCGGUCAUGAGUUCAGGGAGGCCGUCAAGAUCUUAGAGCUUGGUAUUCAGCUCCGUUGCAAUUGUAGUGGAUCUACGUGGCCUAAAUUAUAUACACACAUUAUCGACGCGUUGCGAAAGGAUGUUGGUGAUGAGGCCAUUGGCAUCGUCAUAAUUGAACCGUUGGCGGGAUUUAUCAGCAGAGAUGACAAGAUAUGUGACGAGUCCGUCUUCGCCGCUGCUACGUUGAUGCUAGAGGCAGUACACUGGCCACCGUCUCCACACUUGAUGGAACGUGCUCAGCACCGGCUUUGGGGAGUGACCCAUGUAGUCCCUAAGAUCACCUCCCAGGAUCCAUUCGAAAAACUGUACUCUAUGGUAGGUGUUUUACUCAGCAAUUCUUACGCCUCUCUAGAAACGCUGCCAUCGGCCACAGUUAUCAAAUUCAUAUCAGCUACAGCCAAGAUGAUAGCUUCAUGUCCGCCAAAGCUCACAGGCGUGGUCCUCUUUCGCAUACAACAGGGACUGGCUCCCUGGAUCGAGGAUGCGACCGGCAUUCUAAGCCUGAGCCCAUCGUCCCCAUUCAGGACCCUCUAUUCUGAAGUCAACAAGUUGUGGACAAAUGUGGUGAAAUCGAUUGAGCAUUCCGUCGUCUUUGAUACUAGAUUUUUGUUCAGCAUUCAGGAACUUGUGGUCGCCGGCUUUAGGAGCCGACAUAAAGCAGUCGUUAAUGAAGCCAUAGUCAUGUGGAACAGCACCUUUGGUGGUGAAGGUACUCUGGAGUAUCCCGAAGAAUUAAGACACAUACUGCGAAAGCUCAGGCCUAUUACUGAGCUUCGACUACCUAAUUUUCCGGAAUUGGAUGGCGAGGAGGACUUGUAUUCGCCUUUGCAUUUCGUCGACUCCCAAGAUGAAGAGGAAAUUCAACUGGAGCCUGUCGUAUCCCCUACUCGACUUCCACCGUCAAUAAGUUCAUUGCAACGCAUUUCAGAUACUAUCAAAGGCGUGCCGCUCAGUCCGGAAACCAGAAUAGCUGCUGGGUUUCAAGCUUUACCAUCUCCAGCACGACAGGCAGUCAAGACUACUCCAAAGGCAUGCUUACGACACGAUGAUUCCCAAAUUCAGUUCGCUGCCAUCGAAUCAUCACCUCUGCUUCCUGAAACGGUUGAGUCACAAUAUCUGACAGAUCGCCAGAAAGAGGUCAAAGAGCGCCAAGGCCGCGAAGCAGCUGCAAUGUUCCCAGAGAUCAGAUCGAGCCCGCGAAGCAUUUCCCGACCUACAGAUCUAAUGCUACCAAAGCUCCUUUUCAAGUCUACCCAGAAUCCAGCUCCAGGCUCUGCCAUAGAUGAGGACACUAGUCCAACCUACCCCCCAGAUGCUUCGAUGAAUGAGUUCCUUGGGUCUUCGCCUACACCCAAUUCGAAGAAGUCGAGCGAUCGGCGCUCUGAUGACGACCGACCGUCUGCACCUCCUUUCAUCUCACCCCAUUUGCAAAUCAAUCAAUUGGCUGAUACACCGCUGGCACAUGAAGACCAUGCUCUGGUGCAGCUGGAUGCGAAUGCAGAGGAAGAUCCCGGCAACCGCCUCCCUGACGAAAGGCUGCCACGUGCGACAGACUACUCAUCUAACGGCGAAUCUAUUAGCGCUGUUGUGGACGCCUCAAUUCCAGUCAAUGAUCAAGAAGAUGGCUCAGACUUGAAGGCACCGCAAGUACCUGUUGAUGCCGAUCUCAGGUCCGACUUUGGCAUCGAUGUCGAUGUUGCCUCGGUGCCAUCACGGAACAAACAAACUACUGAGCAAAAUGACAACCCGCCCAACGAUAUUUCGAGUUCAUUCCAGAGCGAAGCUUCGUCGCAUCUCUCUGUCGAGGACGACCAGGUCACUGCUCAACUUUUUACGGAGAUGGAACGUGCUUCACAACAAUCAGCAAAGCCGGACGAAAAGGAGCCAUUAGCAUGGGGAGCGACCAAGAAGAGGAAAUGCAAUGCCGACUCACCCAGUGCGAACAAGAAGACAAAACGUUCGCUAGCUUCCUCGGAUUCUCGGGCGGCCGCUGAAAUCCCAAGGCCCGGUGAGACGGUGGCUGACUGCGUCAUGAUCGAAGUGCGCGAAGCCGAUCGCUUGCAUUCAGUCCUUCCUCGACAGAUCAAGAGGGAGCUGUCCGCACCGCCAUCUAUCUCUACGAGCACUGAAGGGGUAGAACAGACACCUAUAGCGCAACAGAUACCUGCGGACUGUCUCAGAAACUCGGAAGCAAGCCAGUUGUCAAGCCAAGAACAGGAUACGCCAACGACGGCCAAAAAAUCUAUCGGUCGCCCGCGAGGGUCGCGUAACAGCCAGUUCAAACUGGAGGAGGCUGACAAGGACCAAGCUAGCGCUCUGCGCAAGAGUAUGCGAGUAUCAGAUCGCCUGAGUGGAUCCACUACGAACAGUCCUCACACGUCUCCUGCAGCCUCACCAGAUUCUAGCAAAGGAGGGCAGUGGCUUGCCUUAGGGAAGACCCCGCGAAGAGGCAUGUUCAGGUGGCUGCAACGCAGCAGCGCGGAAUCAGAAGACAUCGGAACGCGUCCAGAUCCGACGCCCACGGCUUCUUCGGCCAAUGAGGGCAAUGUUGAGGCAAUCAACGAACAAUCCAGAGUGCAGGAACUCCAACGCCGUGACUCGUUAUCAGCAGAUCAUCAACCAGAGAAUAGAAUUACAACGCACAACGAGGACCGCGAGUUUGGGGUCAACCGGCGUGAUAGUGAGGCCCAACGUGAGGCAAGCGGCGUCGUUGAAACAGAAGGAGAAAGCCCAACUGCACAGAGACUCCUUCAAAAAUUCCAAAGCAUGCUGGACAACAUCAAACGAGUUACAUUUGGACCUGAGGAAGAGAGAGCAAUGGUUGGGAUUCUGUUCGAGUCUGUAAAGGAAGUCCACGAGGCAGGUCGUCGUCACAUAUCUAUGUAA